GAGUUAGGGGAGGUGUUCGUGGGGAUUAUGGGCAGCCUAAAGUUCCUACUCUCAAGCCGCAUCUCCUUCCACUUGCUCAUAUGUACUCUUUCUUAGGUUUUAGUCAUUCAUAGGUAUUUAGAGGUCCUUAAUACAAAGCAUGUUUUGUUUUGUUUUUCCUACUUCUGAGCUUUUCAGGUUCUCUUCUGAAAUUUAUGAACUCCCCACCCCACCAUAGAAUGCCAAAUCCUUUUUUAAGAUUGAGCCUAAAUUAAAGAAAUUUGGAUCUCUAAUUCAGUGUUGGAAUGGCGUCUGUUUCAGCUCUAACUGAGGAAUUGGAUUCUGUGAACAAUGAGCUACAUGCAGUAGACAUUCAAAUUCAGGAACUUCUGGAGAGGCAACAAGAGCUUACUCAGAAAAAAACCAUCCUAACAAACAGAAUAAAGCAGUGUUUGGAGGAUUCUGAUGCUGGGGGAAGCAAUGAAUGUGAUUCUUCACCUGCCUCUUGGAAUAAAGAAGAUUUUCCAUGGUCUGAUAAAGUUAAAGAUGUUCUGCAAAAUGUCUUUAAACUGGAGAAGUUCAGACUGCUUCAGCUUGAAACUAUUAAUGUAACAAUGUCUGGAAAGGAUGUAUUUCUUGUUAUGCCUACAGGAGGUGGAAAGAGCUUAUGCUACCAGUUACCAGCAUUAUGUUCAGAUGGUUUUACACUUGUGAUUUGCCCAUUGAUUUCUCUUAUGGAAGACCAAUUAAUGGUUUUAAAACAAUUAGAAAUUCCAGCUACCAUGUUAAAUGCUUCUAGUUCUAAGGAGCAUGUGAAAUGGGUUCAUGCUGAAAUGGUAAAUAAAAACUCCAAGCUAAAGCUGAUUUAUGUGACUCCAGAGAAAAUUGCAAAAAGCAAAAUGUUUAUGUCAAGACUAGAGAAAGCCUAUGAAGCAAGGAGAUUUACCCGAAUAGCUGUGGAUGAAGUUCACUGCUGUAGUCACUGGGGUCAUGAUUUCAGACCCGAUUAUAAGGCACUUGGUAUCUUAAAGCGCCAGUUCCCGAACACAGCACUGAUUGGGCUGACUGCAACCGCAACCAGUCAUGUUUUGAAGGAUGCUCAAAAAAUACUGUGUGUUGAGAAGUGUUUUACUUUUACAGCUUCUUUUAAUAGGCCAAAUCUUUAUUAUGAGGUUCGUCAAAAGCCUUCAAACACUGAAGAUUUUAUUGAGGAUAUUGUAAAGGUCAUUAAUGGGAGAUACAAAGGGCAAUCAGGAAUCAUUUAUUGCUUUUCUCAGAAGGACUCUGAGCAAGUUACAGGUAGUUUACAGAAAUUGGGAAUUCGUGCAGGUGCAUACCAUGCCAAUAUGGAACCAGAAGAUAAGACCAAGGUUCACAGAAGAUGGUCAGCCAAUGAAAUUCAGGUAGUAGUGGCAACGGUUGCAUUUGGUAUGGGAAUUGAUAAACCAGAUGUGAGAUUUGUUAUUCAUCAUUCAAUGAGUAAAUCUAUGGAAAAUUAUUACCAAGAGAGUGGACGUGCAGGUAGAGAUGACACGAAAGCGGACUGUAUUUUGUAUUAUGGCUUUGGAGACAUAUUCAGAAUCAGUUCAAUGGUGGUGAUGGAGAAUGUGGGGCAACAAAAGCUUUAUGAGAUGGUGUCAUACUGUCAAAACAUAAGCAAAUGUCGCCGUGUAUUGAUAGCUCAACAUUUUGAUGAAGUAUGGAACUCAGAAGCGUGCAACAAAAUGUGUGAUAAUUGCUGUAAAGACAUUUCAUUUGAAAGAAAGAAUGUAACAGCCUACUGCAGAGAUCUAAUCAAAAUCCUGCAGCAGGCAGAGGAAAUGAAUGAAAAGCUCACUCCACUGAAACUGAUCGAUUCUUGGAUGGGACGGGGAGCAGCAAAAUUGAGAGUAGCAGGUGUUGCUCCUCCCACACUCCCUCGUGAAGACCUGGAGAAAAUUAUUGCGCACUUUCUUCUACAGCAGUAUCUUAAAGAAGACUACAGUUUUACAGCUUACGCUACCAUUUCCUAUUUGAAAACAGGACCUAAAGCUCAUCUUCUGAACAACGAGGCACAUGUUAUUACUAUGCAAGUAAAGAAGUCCAUGCAGACCUAUUUCGGGAUUGAAUCAUCUCAAACUUGUCAUUCUGAAAGAUCUGAUAAAAAGAAGGAAGGAAAAAAUUCGGGCAACUUCCAGAAGAAAUCUGCAAAUAUACUUCAGCAAUCUGAUACUAAGAAUACAGGGGCUAAGAAAAGAAAAAUUGAUGAUGCAUGAGAUGAAUGUUUCUAAAUUUUCCAAGAAAACAGUUUUAUGCAUGCAUGCACCAUUAUUUUUAUAGCUUAAAUUUUAAGACACUUUCAUUAAUAUUUUAUAUAUGUGAAGCUAUAUUUUAAGAACUUCUCUCUAAAGUAUUGAAGACUUGAGAAUUUGAGAACUUUUGACAAUUUAAGAGCAUGAACUGCAUACAUUUACAGUGUGAAAUGAGGGGAAAAAUAAAUUUUUAAUGUAAAACCCUUUAAAAGUAAAAUAGUUAAGGGAGUAAGUUCACAUAACUAUCUUAAGCUCUUUACGCCUUGUAAUUUUUUUUUGACAGAACUAUCUUUUGACAGCAGUGUUGUUGUACUGAGAAUUUUACAUAGGCUCAUCACAGAGUGAGUACCCUCAGGUUAUAACAUGUAGAAUUCACACAAAAAGAGUAAUAAGGUAUCAAUACUGAUAUUAGUAAAUAAGAUGGCGAUGUCUCUAUUUAAGUAAAAUAAAACUAAGAUUGAAACCAUAGCCCUAUAUUGACAUUUCAUAAAGAAUGGCUCUUUUUAGACCAACCUAGCUCCAAAAUUAAAUCCCAAGUGAACGCGUCUAAGUUUAAAGCACAUAAAUGAGUAACUUGAAAAUUCUUACAUAAGUGGUCGUGAGAGGUCAGUUUUGUGUUAGAAAAAAAUAUAUCUGUAAGUUAUCCAAACUGAUUUCAUCUUUAGAAUUUUAUUUUUAAAUACUUCUCCACUAAAAUCAUUAUCUUUAACUUCAAUGUGGUCACCGUUAAAUCAGUGCAGUCCUUC